UACUUAUUGCGGCCGUGGUUGGCUGCAUCCCGUAAAGGUUCAACUCGAUUUUUUUCUAGCUUUAGUGUCUGUGGCUCCGUAAUUAAUUGUAGCUAGCUGUCUCUUAUCGACGCGUUUUUCAAGGAACAUGAAAUAGUUUGUUGGACCGUGUUUGUGUGCGUGUGUGUGUGUAUGUGUGUGCGCGCGGUGUUUCUGGGUUGAUUUUCCCCCCUUUUCCCCUGUCGAACGGAGUUGCCGGCGUUUAAGAGAUUUUGAGAUCCAACUGUGCUGCUGCUGGUUGUUGCUGUUCUACCCGUUUUUGCGUGUGAUGUUGGAUAUGGGAGAGCGGAAAGAAGUGAAAAUGAUUCCCAAAUCGUCGUUCAGCAUAAACAGCCUGGUUCCUGAAGCCGUCCAGAGCGACAACCAACACCGCGCCGAGGAAGAGGAGAAGAUCCCUCUGUCCGGAGCGCAGGACGCCAAGCAGGAGAGCGUGUGUGCUAAAAGUGACAGCUCGGACGCGACCUGCGCGGAGGACAAGGACAAGCAGGAAGAGAAGAAGGACUUGAAGGAGGGCGAGGGCGGAGGGAAAGACGGGGAGAAGAAGAACGGCAAGUACGAGAAGCCGCCGUUCAGCUACAACGCGCUCAUCAUGAUGGCCAUCCGGCAGAGUCCGGAGAAGCGGCUCACGCUCAACGGCAUCUACGAGUUCAUCAUGAAAAACUUUCCGUACUACCGGGAGAACAAGCAGGGCUGGCAAAACUCCAUCCGCCACAACCUGAGCCUCAACAAAUGCUUCGUCAAAGUGCCGCGGCACUACGACGACCCGGGCAAGGGCAACUACUGGAUGCUCGACCCGUCCAGCGACGACGUGUUCAUCGGUGGGACGACGGGCAAACUCCGCCGGAGGUCUACCACGUCGCGGGCCAAGCUGGCGUUCAAGCGGGGCGCGCGGCUCACGUCCACCGGCCUCACGUUCAUGGACCGGGCCGGUUCCCUCUACUGGCCAAUGUCCCCCUUCCUCUCCCUGCACCACCCGAGGGCGAGCAGCGCGCUCAGUUACAACGGCACGUCCUCGGCGUACCCCAGCCACCCCAUGUCCUACAGCACCAUGCUGACCCAGAACAGCCUGAGCAACAACCACUCGUUCCCAGCCUCGAACGGCCUGGACAGACUCGUGAACGGGGAGCUGCCGUACGCCACGCACCACCUGACAGCGGCCGCGUUGGCCGCCUCUGUUCCCUGCGGCCUGUCGGUGCCCUGCUCCGGGACCUACUCGCUCAACCCGUGCUCGGUGAACCUGCUGGCCGGACAGACUGGCUACUUCUUCCCGCACGUGCCGCACCCGUCCAUGAGCUCUCAGUCCGGCGGGGCGAUGAGCUCCCGGGCUGCCUCGUCCUCCUCGCCCCAAGCGGCCUCCUCUCUGCCGUGUGACUCUUUACGGCCUUCGCUACCGAGUUUCUCCUCGGGACUGUCCGCCGGACUCUCUGACUACUUCACACAUCAAAACCAAGGGUCAACGUCAAACCCACUUAUACACUAACUAAACAUCCACAGGAGCAGACUGUAAGUGAACAUUCUGCACCCAUUCACACUGUAAUAUAUAUAUAAAUAUAUAUUAAAAAAGGAAAAAAAAUACUGGGAGA